GAGCCGCGUCCUCAGUUCAUCGGUUGUUUAAACAAGUGACGAUUAUUUAUUGCACAUCGUUUAUUUGUUCGCGGCUAUGUAGGGUCAAAUUUCGUGUUUCUUUGCAAUCGCAGAUGUCGUAGAGUAAUUCAUAUAAACAAAUGACUUCCUUAGACAGAGAAACCGGUAAUCAUCAUGGAAAUCAGAUGACGAGGUACACCAAUGCAGAUUUUGCUGACGAUGAUAGUGUCAACAGUGUUCAACUGAAUGAAGGCAUCAGUACCAGUACGACCCAUAUUAGAUACCAUGCUGGUACCACGGUAUGGAAGGCUCGUUCACCGCUGGAAAAAGUCCUUCUUCUCCUAGUUGGAAUAUUGUUAUUCGUUAUAUUCAUCUUAGCCGUCAUAUUACACGUCACCGAACAUAGGCUGCAAGAGUCUAAGACUAUAAUAGUGCCAAUCGAACGUCCUAUCGUUCCCAGUCCCUGCCUCAACAAAUCUUGCAUACACAUAGCGAACAACAUCCUCGAGGCGAUGGACAUGUCUAUCGAUCCUUGCCAGGACUUUUAUUCCUACUCCUGCAACGGUUGGGUCAAGGCAAACCCCAUACCUGAUGCCAAAAGCACCUGGGGAACCUUCAUGAAGCUGGAAUUGCAGAAUCAGCUCAUCAUCAAGAGGGUUCUAGAGGGGCCCUACGAAUCGUUGAAGUCCAAAGCAGAACAAAAGGCCAAAAUGUAUUAUGAAUCUUGUUUGGACGUGAAUGAUACUGUCGAGUCUCUUGGUAACAAGCCCAUGGUUGCCCUCAUCAAUAAACUAGGCGGGUGGAACAUCACAGAUAGCGGUUUCAACAUCACGACAUGGACUUUGCAGAAUAUCACUCAAACCAUUCAAAAUAAAUACAACAUAGGUGGUCUGUUCUCUUAUGCCGUUGGAGAAGACGAUAAGAAUUCUAGCAGGCACAUUCUUCAGAUAGAUCAAAGCGGUUUGACUCUGCCUACAAGGGACAAUUACCUAAAUAAAACCAAAGAACACAUGAAAGUCUUGGACGCCUAUUUGGAGUUUAUGACUAAGGUCGGCGUCUUACUCGGUGGCAACGAAAACUCAACCAGGGACCAAAUGAAGAAGGUGAUAGAGUUCGAGACCAAACUCGCCAACAUAACGACCCCAAGCGACCUACGGAGGGACGAGGAGCACCUCUACAACCUGAUGUCCAUCGCCGAACUCCAAGAAAAAGCCCCCUUCAUAGACUGGAGGAAGUUCUUCGAAGACGCCAUGAGGAUAGUCAACAAGAAAGUCACCACCAAGGAGCAGAUCGUCGUAUACGCCCCGGAUUAUCUGAAGAACUUGACGAUCCUGAUUGAGCAGUAUAAUAAAACCGAGGAGGGGCGAAUCGUGCUGAACAACUACAUGGUGUGGCAAACAGUGAGAGUGUUCACAGUGUGUCUGUCAAAAGCGUUUAGGGACGCAUACAGAGGACUCAGGACUGCUUUGAUGGGUUCGGAGACUGGGGAAGAGCCUCAGUGGAGGUACUGCAUACAGGACACUAAUACCGUUCUUGGAUUUGCCAUAGGAGCCAUUUUUGUCAGAGAAGUGUUUCAUCAGGACUCCAAACUUCAAGCCGAAGAAAUGAUCAACAACGUGAGGGAUGCUUUCAAGAAAAACUUCCAAAAUUUGAAAUGGAUGGACGAAGAUACGAGACAAGUGGCUAUAGCGAAAGCUGACGCUAUAUCGGAUAUGAUUGGUUAUCCGGAGUUUGUUAAAAAUAUGAACGAAUUGGACAAGAGAUUCGCAAACUUAUCUCUACGAAGCAAUGAAUAUUUUGAGAAUAACAUCCAAAUCAGCUCCUUCAACCUCAGGAAAAAUUUGGAAAAAAUCAACGAACCGGUUAACAAAACAACAUGGAGUAUGGCGCCUUCAACUGUGAACGCCUACUACACCCCGACGAAGAACCAGAUGGUGUUCCCCGCUGGCAUACUCCAAAGCCCGUUCUACGACCCGUCGUUCCCCCCCAGUUUGAAUUACGGUGGGAUGGGAGUUGUGAUGGGACACGAGCUGACUCACGGUUUCGACGACCAGGGCAGGCAGUUCGAUAAGUUCGGCAAUUUGAACCACUGGUGGAAGAACAAGACCAUCGAGAAGUUCAAGCAGAGGACCAAAUGCGUUGUGGACCAAUACAACAAAUACCAAAUAAACGGCAAAAACAUCAACGGAAACCAAACCCUUGGCGAGAACAUAGCCGACAACGGAGGACUGAAAGCAGCCUUCCACGCGUACCUGGAGCUCAUGAAGAACAAACCGGAACCCCAAGCUCUUCCCGGCAUUCCCCUGAACCACAAACAACUUUUUUUUGUUGCUUUUGCGCAGGUCUGGUGUUCGACGGUGACCAAGGAGGCUACCAACCUACAAAUAGAAAAAGACUCGCAUUCCCCCGCUCAAUACAGGGUGAUCGGGGCUCUGAGCAACCUCAAGGAAUUCAGCCAGGAGUUCGGGUGCAAACCCGGAUCGAAGAUGAACCCCAAGGCGAAGUGUGAAGUUUGGUGAAGAAAAUAUGUCAUCUCAAACAGUAUUGAUAGGCAUUGUUGAUCUGUUUGCGAGCAACGUUGGAGCUUUAAUGUUACUUCAAUUGUAUUCAGCAAGUCUUCUUACAGAAAACGGGUUGGUGAGAAAGGGGAAUCUUUUUCAAGCGUGAAAGUCUGGGGAUUGGUUGAUAGAAAUAUAGUUAGCUCGAUUCUAUUGUAGUAAAUGGAAAUGAAACCACCAGAAUGAACAAAGAAAACACAAAUAUUUAUUUAUUUUUCAACAUAAUCUCCUUGCAGCUCUAUACACUUCCCCCAACGACGUUCAAUAAGUUUGAUACCGUUUUUAUAAUAAUAACUGCCUUCUCCCUCACCAUAGCCAUCAACUGUCAACAUAACUUCUUCAUCGUUGAUGGAAAAUCUUUGACCACUGAGCCAUUGUUUCAAGUUUGGGAACAUAAAAUAUUCCGAGGGGGCUUAAUCUAGCGAAUACGGUGCAAGAGGUAGCAAUUCAAACAUUAAUUCUUUAAUUUUGGUCAAUGUCAUAAUGUCUUUGUAAGCUGGUGCAUUGCCUUGAUGAAACACCACUUUUUUUUAGCAACUGCGGCCGUUUUUGCUUGUUUUCUUCACUCAAACUCUGCAAUAAGUUCGCGUAGUUGAUAGUUUUACCUUUUUAAUUAUCCUAGGCGCAAUCCAAAAACCGAUGCCAUGACCUUGCCUGCAAAUGAAACGGCCUUCGCUUUCUUUGAAGCAAACCUAUCUUGCACACAGUUUUCUCAUGUCCAAUGUACCGCACUUUUUGAAAUACCUACUAAGUCUGCUUGAAACAACAUUGAGGCAAGCUUGUCCAUUGCUGUGGCCCCAAGCUAAAGUGCAUCGCAACCCCCAUUUUCUGUACCCACAGCGUACACCACAUCCAUUCUUACAAUUACAAAAUAGUGUAUCAAGUAAUUCCUCAGCACUGGUGGUAAUAUUGUUGUUUUUGGCUCCAGGAGUUGAUUUUGCAGCACCCAACCCGAUUCCUGGGGUUCCAAUUCAUGCUCUAACCAUUUUUGAACCUGGUUAUGAAUACGAUUCAUAUUCUGAUGGGCUGCUGCACUUGUCGGUUGAAGAUUGGACAACUGGACAGGUUUAUGAAGCUUUGUUGAUUUUACCAACUGAGUAUUUCGAAGAUGAUGGCCACAAUUCUUAAACUUGUACAUACGUCCUUGCUGAGAUCCGAACCAACAAUAAAUUCAGUCAAUAGAAAGUGGUACCUCGAAAAAUGAAGCAGUCUACACAACUACGGAACAUCUGCUUCAUGAACUAACUAAACAUGAAGGUCGUAUUAUGCAGGAUUUCCCAUCCUCAGGUAUAUACUUCUGUUCACAGAAAAAGUAGGUCUGAGCGCUACGGGUUCUUCUUCCUCUAUAUAAAAAACGGUCGGGCGUAUGAAAGAAAAAAAAAUCGGAGAAAAUUUGUCGCUAAUUUUAUGCUCUACAAUUUUUGAAAUGAGUGUCAACAUCAUUAGAUCUAUAGAAACCGAGAUAAUCGCAAAAAACUGAUUUUUGUGACCUUUAACCUUGAAUAACUUCCGGCGUAGACCAGAGAUUUCAUGGGACUUCUGAGGCAACUUCUAGAACACCGAAAUGAAGGGGCAUACGAAUUUACAGCUUAUUAUCUCUUACUCCGAGUUUCACCCCUUUUUUGUGCUUACGUGACGGGACUAUGUAUAGCUCCUAUUCUCACCAAACCAGAUGAUUUUCAUUUAGCUAAACCAAAGAGGUUUAGGAUGAUUCAAAACGACCAAAGUAUAAUUGAUGCCUGCUGUGCAUAUACAGGGUGUCCUAGAGUUCAUUCGAUUGUAGCUUUAAAUUAACCUAAAUAUAUGUAGCUUACUUUUGAAAAAUUUUUGACGCUCCUGAUAUACGCGCAAGAGUCCUUUUAUAAAGGAUUCGCCAACACCCUGUACAUGCCAGACGAACAGUUAGAAGUACUUAUGUUAUUAUUUGAUUGUUGAUAACUAAAAGUUUUACUGAUUAUUGAUUUUUGACAGGUUUUUGCAGUUGUUUGAAUUACAGGUGCCAACGAAAAUUUCCUCGGCUGAGAAAUUUUCAGGUUCACCCUGUGUAUUGGAGCACUGCCUCAUAUCAUCUCAUUUAUAGAUAUUUAUAUAUCUGUUCAAGUAUUGGAAAAACAUUAUUUGUGUACACUGUGUAUAUUUUUUACUGUGAUAAAAUAAACAUAUGUAAAUAUUUAGAGUAA